AUACGUGGAGAUCACUCGCUGGACCGCGUCAUGAGCUUCGGCGACGACGACACUCUGAAAACUUUGCAAGAGACUGUGCUUCAGAUGCGGCAGAAGUUCCACUCCUCCGAGCAAGUGAAAACGCAAGUCAUUUCCACGCUCGGUAUUGUCCAUCACGAGAACGAGGGUCUUCGGCAGCAAGUCAAUGUCUUGUCAUCGAAGGUAGAGGACAUGGUCCGCGUCAAUAUGGAAUUGCAGCGCAAGAACGAGGAGCUGGCUGCUCUUGCAAGAGAGGCUCUCCAAACUCUGAUGACCAAGAAGUAAUCCAUGAUUCAUCCCUCCUAGUCCAUGUUCAGCACGCAUCCCAACCCGAGAUUCCGUGACCACCUCUCCACUCCUAGGAACACACCCAGCCAGUGAGCCAGCCUGCCAACCAGCCAGCCAGCCAGCCAGCAAGUCAGCCAGCCUAACAGGUCUUUCCUUCAGCCUACCCACUCUCUCUCCUUACUUUAGUGGUUAUGAGUAAAUUAUGUUAUAGUCCUAAUGGGCCAGUGCAUCCUCCUCCAAAGCGCAAUCACAAAAUUCUCUUCUUGCGCAAGUUGGCAUCUUUCGCAAUCGUCUGGUCUCUCUCGUUCAUCACAAAAUGCUAGCUGUUUUGUUUGUUUCUUUUUUUUUUUUUUUUUCCGUCACAAGUUGCUCCUCCUUGUAGUAGCGUUUCCGCUUUUUCCUCUCUUUCCUUCUUCUUUUCCUUCUCCUUCCUGCCCUCGUUUCUUCGUUCCUUCGCUUCGUGCCUAAGUACUUAUUAGAGCCUUGCUAAGAAAAGGAUUUUCUUAAACGAAUCUGGCCUCGACUGCGGUCAGUUACAUUCCGGCAAGUAUUAUGGGAGCAUGCCCUUAGCGACCGAUAGUGUACGUGGAGUGCCGUGAAGAUCCAGAAGUGAAAACCACCACCAGCGCGGGCCCAGCCUAGCAGAACCACCCGACAGCCCCAGCGGCUCGGCCGUGCACGCGUGUAAAGUUUUAGUAAUCAGAUAACGAGUUCAAAUCUUGAUGCAAUCAGGUCGAUAGAUGUGCUAAGUAUAUAUAUAAUAAUGAUGUUAGGGUCUAACUAACCCCCUUUAGACAAAGGAAAGUUCCCUUUAAGAAAAAUAGAUAGAAAGGGGGUGAAAUACGAUGCCUGAAACCAGAUGCACGAAAUCCGCUGAAUGCCUGCCUGAGGACGGGCAUCACAUCAUCAAUCAAUCGAUGAUGGAUCUCUUUUCGAAACUGUUACGCGGUCAACAGAAGUUGACUUUUUGGCAACACGGUCAACAGAAGUUGACUUUUUGGCAACACGGUCAACAGAGGUUGACUUUUUUGCUACGCGGUCGACAUAAGUUGAUUUUUUGGUGACACGGUCAUCAAAUAGAUGUUGACUUUUUGCCGACGUGUUCAACAGAAGUUGACUUUUUUUUGGCAGUCGGUCAGCAAAAAAGAAGAGCCAAGGAGGCUACAAGGAUCAGAUAUAGGGUCAAGCAGCGCACUGCGCUGCACUCAAUGGCGGAGCGAUCUCUAUUCUUCGUCACCGGGGGGUGUGGUCUCUCUCUCAUCUGUCUUCUUCCUCGCGGGGGUGGUGGGCUCGCUUUUCCAGUGCAGCCGCUAAGCUAGGGAUAUCACAUGGCUGGGCUAUCCCACUGCCAUGAUGUGGUUGGUUCUCCCAGUUCCUCGAUCCCGACGAUCCGUGCUCAGCAGCACCCGGCAGACCGGGGUGAGCGCACAAACGCAAAGUGCGAGAAAGAAGAACAAUUCCUUCAACGAAGCGAAGAAUUCAGCAUCGAACAGGAUUAGCACCUGUGAUCAUCAACUUCGAAGGUUGUUGCUCUAUCUAGCUGAGUUGAUAUACUGUGAAAAUGGCACGCACCGAACAGACGGAGACAGCGGCAGAAGGGGAAGACAACAGAAGUUAACCGCAGGCAACAGAAGUUAACCGCAGGUAACAGAAGUUAACUGCAGGUAACAGAAGUUAACAGCCGUUAGCUGCACGUAACUGAAGGCGUAACGGUUGGUAACAGUAGGAAAGGGUGGGGUGAGUGCGCAGGUAAAUGGAGAGGUAACAGUUGAUAAGGGGCGUGUAAAUGUAUCGGGAAGAGUUAAAAAUGGACUUCAACCACACGUAAGGGCAGGCAAACGUCAGGGGCGACCAUCGGUAAGGGGGCCGUAAGCCGAAGGUAACAGCAGGUAACUGUAGGUAACGGUGGUUAGUAGGUAACUGUAGGUAACGGUGAGCAGUUGAUAAUGGUUGGUAAAGACCUUAAACAGCGAAAGCAGGUAAUAGCAGGUCAAUGCAGGAAACGUUUCGUAAUAGUUAGUGGGUGCGGGUUACUGGAGGUAGAGGCCCGUAAAUGAGAGGUGAUUGUAGGCAGCAGCUGGUAAGAGCAGGUAGCUGGAGGUAACGGUGGGUAACAGUUUCAAAUGUAAAAAUGCCAACGGGUGAUAAAGGCUAAGGCCUUAAACGGAAAAAGAAGGUAAUAGCAGGUGAAUGUAGGUUACCGUAAUGUUUGGUAACAGGUAAUAGGUGCGGGUAACUGGGGGUAGAGGCCCAUAAAUGAGAGGUGACUGACUGUAGGCAGCAGUUGGUAAGAGCAGGUAACUGUAGGUAACGGUGGUUAACAGUUUGUGAACGCAGCAGUUAGCUGCAGGUAACGAUUGCUGAUAGCAGAAAAUAAUGUCCUGACGGCUUAUAUAUACUCGUGGAGUUAAGUGGAGCUAACUGGAGUUAACUGGAGUUAACUGGAGUUAACUGGAGUGAAUAAUUUGUCUUCUCUUUUUCUCUCUCUCUCUCUCUCUCUCUCUCNCUCUCUCUCUCUCUCUCUCUCUCUCUCUCUCUCUCUCUCUCUAUCUAUCUAUCUAUCUAUCUAUCUCUAUCUAUCUAUCUAUCUAUCUAUCUAUCUAUCUAUCUAUCUAUCUAUCUAUCUAUCGCUGCGAAGCUAGCAGGUAAAUGCCAGACAUAACUCUCUGGCUGGUUGCUAGUCCGUCACUUAGGCUGUUAGGAUGGCGAGAUAGCUGUCCGUUAGACUGAAAUGACCAUCAGGUCAGUCUGGUCUGUGCACAGGGCAGUAUAACUCAGCAACUGGGUGAACAAUGCGAUCUUAUGUUCUAUAAUGCUACUAUUAGGAUAAUGCGUUUUCCAAGUUCUUCAAGAAUUUCAGUGCACUGUGCGCGAAUAAAUUAAUAGUACAGUU